GGCUUGGCAAAAAACAGCAAGCGGGACGAUCUGUCCGAGAUAGCGCUGAUUAUUGUCAAAAUUGUUUUUUACAGCAGAAUUUUGAUCAAAACAGAGAAACAAGCUUUGUGCAAAUGAGCAGAUUCACGGGCCUUGCGUUCUUUGCCCGACCGGGACGUACGCCGGCGUGUAAAGGUGCAGACAUAGUAACUUCCUCACUGGUAUUUGGAGCGAUCCCUCUUAGCUGUGUGCACUGGUCUAGUUGUCAGAGGAGCCAUAUGUAUAUAUAGUAAAUAUGUGUGCAGGUUAUCAUCUUCUCUGCACGAAUACUCCAGUAUUCACCUCGCUGUAGAUGUCUGCUAAUCUGUAGUGUGAGUCUGCACCCUAACAGCGACUCCUCACAUCCCUGUGACAUCGGAGACUAACAUGUUCAGCACAGGCAUCCUUGUGUUGACGUCUCCUCUCCAAACCCUCCCUUUACGUAUCGCUCCAGUGCUCAGCUCCGCUGCUCAGCUCGUAGAUCGCACGCUGUAUGUCCACCUCCAUCCUGGGCUGAACCUGGGAAGUGCCAUCCAGCCUCGACCGGUUUUUAUCCCCCCAGUAGUGGAACUGUCCACACUCAUCACACGCCUUUACAGCAAUGCAGCAGAUGUAUGCGGACACCUAGAUGUUCGUGUAUUGCUGACUAAUAUACGUGCUUGCAGUGGGAGCACAACUCCAAACACCCCCUUUCCCACACCGCACCAUCUGUUUCACUCUCCUGAGGUAGUGCUAACAGACUUUGCGCCACAAGAUUCUCUUCAGCCUCAUGAGGUCACUCAGUAUUUGGAGAAAUACACAUGUUGUUGCUACGCCUGUAAGCCCAAUAUCCCGCUGGUGCUGCUCCAACCACAGCUCCUUAAGCAGCAGGAGAAAGAGGACUGUUUGAUGAAUGAAGAGAAGAAGGCGAAACCUCUGGAGACCUACAGCGACGUUGUGGUAGGAGGGACGUUUGACCGUCUGCAUGGAGCCCACAAAACAUUACUCAGCAUCUCCUGUCUCCUGGCCAGCAGAAGGAUUGUCAUUGGUGUGUGUGACCGAGCAAUGCUUAAAAAGAAAGUUCUAAAAGAGCUGAUUGAGCCAUACUCUGUGCGUGUGCAGAAGCUGCAGGAGUUUCUGAAAGACACCAAACCAUCGCUGCAAGUGGAGAUUGUGCCUCUUGAUGACCCCUUUGGAGUGUCUGUAGUGGACCCCCAGCUGAAGUGCAUUGUGGUUAGUGAGGAGACUAAAAAGGGAGGCGAGGCUGUCAACAAAAAGCGUUUGGAGAAUGGCCUUCCAGCUCUCGUCCUUCAUGAGAUCCUGUUGCUUAAGGACAUCCACCGCAACGAGAUAGAAGAGGAGAAGAUCAGCUCCUCCAGCCUGCGCUCCCGUCUGCUGGGCACCCUUCUGAGACCACCUAAAGACUCGUCCCACCUCCCUCCUCGUCCCUAUGUGAUUGGCCUGACGGGAGGCAGUGGCAGUGGAAAGAGCUCCAUCGCCAAACAGCUUGAAGCUCUGGGCGCAGUUUGGAUCGACUGCGACAAACUGGGCCAUGAGGUGUACCAGCUCGGAGGUGACGCCUAUCACAGGGUGCUGCAAGAGUUUGGAUCAGAAAUUCUGAACAAGGAUAAAACCAUCAACAGACGUGCUUUAGGGAAAAAGGUUUUUGGAAACCAGGAGCGGUUAAAAUGUCUAACAGACAUCGUGUGGCCUGAGAUUGCUAAACUGGUGAUGAAAAGAAUCAGCCAAGCUAGAGAUGAAGGUAAACAAGUGUGCGUGGUGGAUGCAGCUGUUCUUCUGGAGGCCGGCUGGACGGACCUGGUUCACGAGGUUUGGGUCACCAUCAUCCCUGAGGAAGAGGCGGUGCUGAGGAUAACGGAACGAGACGGCGUUAGCACAGAAGACGCUCUGCACAGGCUGCAGAGUCAGUGGUCAGACGGCAAACAAGUGGAGCACGCUAAUGUAGUUCUGAGCACUCUGUGGGAGCCAGAGGUCACUCAGAAACAGGUACUGAAAGCUUGGAGUCUUCUUCAGGAGAGGAUUGAACAGAAGCCAGAGGGACUAUAGGAACAAAUCUGGGUCGCGGUCAGGCCUGGGGACAUUUGUGAACCAGUGACUAAUCUUAUUAAGACAAAGCUGCCUUAAUAAAAGUAGUGAGUUAAGUCAUUAAACUACUGCAGGAAGGUAUUGGUGUCCGAUUGACCUUUCGUUUGUUUUUAAUCUGUAGUUUUAUUUCAGUGAUGGAGGAAAGGGUAACAGGAAAAACUUUGUGAAUCAUCUUUGAUCAGAAGUCAUAGUAUGUUAAGUUGACAACAGCAUUUUUUGUUAUAAGAAUUAAAAAUUCUGUUCUGUGUG